UCUGCCACUUGUACACAGUAUUGUGGAGCGCGCCUAAUUUAAAUGUAAAGGCAUUUUAAUAGUGGUCUUGUGCACAUUGCUGCAUAAGAAAUCAAGCAUAUGUAUAUGUACCACUGCGCAUUUCUGGAAACUGUGAUCAAGUAAAUUGUCAUAAUUUGCGGGCGUAUGAUGGACAUUACUCGAGAAAACGGACGCCUUCAGACUGUCUUUGGACUGCCAUUGGAGCAGAGAUGCGAAGAACUAAUUAGAAUUAUGAACGAAUGUACUUUCAAAGAAAUGCAGAUUGUGUAUCCAUUGAUAUUGGAAAGUAUUUUUGGUUCAGCCGAUCAUUGUGGAUGGGGACUGCAUUCGAUUUAUAAGAAUCAAAGCCCGCAUGAGUAUGAGAUAAUUUACCACUUCCUUCGGCCGUAUGGGCCAUUGUUUCACAUGUGCUACAGACUCAUAAGUGACAACUACUUACGAUACGAUUUCCCUGUCGCGUGGUUGCCAGUAAGCUUACGGCAUAUCAUUGAGGAUGGUGGAGUGCCGCAGUUGUAUGUUGGAAAAAUACAAAUAGAUCCAAAUACACGAACACGUGUAUCAGUCGUGUUGAAUCCAUUUGAACUCUACAUGACUCACUUCGCUACACAUUUGGUAGACCCAUGGCUCCAGCUGAGGCGACCACCAGAAGCGAGUGAAGGCUUUUGGGAUUCUGUUUACAUUAUGGUAGCGGAAGAAUAUCUAUCACAUUUUCUGCCUUGUGCACCAGGUGCACAGGUGCGUCCACAUGUGCCAGGUCCUGCAUUGGCAGUACCAUUGGUGCGACAUACUCCAGUGAGACUAGCCGAUGUUCCAACCAUAUUUCGUCAGUCUGUGCUGAAUCAGACAAACACGCCAACAUCAUUACAUACAUCAAGCGUCAUUCAGCAAAAUGACCCUGUUGAUAUAUGGAGAAGUGAGACAGUAGUCCAAAUCUUUGUUGAUAUUUGGCUUUCUGUUGGACAGACAGACUCACUGCAAAUGAGUCCCGUUAGGGAGCGAGGACUUGCCUUGGAUCACAUUAGAGUUGUUAGGAGUAUGAUAAAACACUUCCAUUAUUUUGCUAAUAGCUUUACUGCUGACAUGUCAACCAUGGAUGAAUUGAAAAGAGUAAUAUUGGGUGCAGUGCAAGGGAAGAUAUUCCUGUUUCUGCAACACUGCAUGCAACACUGGCCACUCGAUGGUUCAUUUCGGUGGGUUCUCGAAUUGUGGCUCAGUUUCAUCCAGCCAUGGCGCUACACAGAACAACGCCAUAGGGGAGGCAUUGAGAGAGGGCCUCUCGUGACAUGUGAUAUCCGCAUAUGGAGUUACUUUGUGGCAGAAAAUUUGCCGGCCUACACAGCAAUCUUUCACCAACUGUUACCUCGUUUCUCUCGCCUUGAUUUGCCUCUUCCAAAAAAUUCUUACAUGCUUUAUAGGGUCACAAAGGUCUUCUCUCAGCCAGGCCUUUCACAAGUUCUCUCUGAAUUGGAAAAAUCAUUUGAUCCCUCAGCAGAUCGCUCAGGACCUGUACCAAAAAUUCCUAACAAGUGGCAAGGACUUAUCCAGCAUCAACAUCAACAGCCACUUACUGAAUUCGAAAACUAUCAACCACUUUUUUCAGAACCUGGGAUUUCUAAGGUUAAGGCAUUUGUCUUACUUGUGGGACAAAGCAUUGGAACAGCUAGACUUCUCGCAAAAGAAGCUGAAGAACAUGCAUGUAAGAAUCUAGGCUUCUUGUCUAGUUUCCGUGAGUUCUUUUCUGGAUCUUCUGCUACAGCAGACAUUCCCCUGGAUGAGAGGAGAAAGGUUGUUGCUUAUUUGGACACAAGCUUACAGCUACUCUGCUCUACAUUUGAGAUUCCAAGGCCAGAUGUCAGCACAGUUACCCCAAUAUCACCAAUUAUAACUCCUCAGGAUCCCCUUGUCAGUCCUUCCAUCCGUGACUGGAGACAGAGGCGCUUAAUAGAGUACCAAGGAGAUCCAGAACUGCAGCCAAUAAGAUCAUCAGAAAUUGCCUUUCUUGUGAAGAUUGGCUACCAAAUUUCUUCAAAGCUUAAUGAAAUGUAUGGAUCAGAGUUAGCAGAACUGUACCGGAGGCCUGGUGUUGUAGGCAGAGUGAUGCAGCGAGUACUGUUGCCACCUCAAACCAUUCACUCUUAUGAACGUAACACUUCUGGAUCUCGUCGGUUCCCUGUUCUUGUUACACAGCAGCUACCACCACGACUCAGUCUUCGACGCCUAGGAAGUCGAGAACUUGUGAUCUGGAUUUCUGUGGGUGCGCUAGCCUUCAGGUUACGUGGAUAUCAUCUGCUCACUUUUCCUGUUAUGGUGUUUAUCAUGUGGAUUUUACUGGUCCUACUGCGAGCAGCAUUAUCGUCUCCAACAGAAAACAGGAAUACAGUCAGCAAUAUCACUCGCCAUUCACCAGAUUUGUUGAAUGCUCCUGAUGGAGCACCUGAUGUGUCCCCAUAACAUGGACACAAAAUUUUAAGUAUAUCUAGGAGCUGUUGCCCACAAAAAAAUCCAGAAGGCCAUUAAUGUUUUUGCAGACAAAAUAAACCAGGAAAUGGUGUCAAGUGCCAGAAGUCUUCAAACUUCUUCUUUAAUGUUACCAAGCAUGAUGUUC